AUGUUUCAAGCGGCAGAGUCGACAGAGUUGGUGUUAGGGCACGCGCCGAUCGCAACAUCCCGACAUCGUUGUCGCCGGGCGGACAUCGUUGUCGCCGGGCGGACAUCGUUGUCGUCGGGCGGACAUCGUUGUCGCUGGGCGGACAUCGUUGUCGUCGGGCGGAUAUCGUUGUCGCCGGGCGGACAUCGUUGUCGUCGGGCGGACAUCGUUGUCGCCAGGCGGACAUGGUUGUCGUCGGGCGGACAUCGUUGUCGUCGGGCCGACGGGCGUCGCACGCUCGCAUCUCGAUCGAUCGACGGGCAUCAAGCCGGCAGGUGCCGGACGGAGGACGGGGGACGACGAAAACAACAACGAAGACGACAACGAAGACGUCAACGAAGACGCGCUGUCGGUCAUCCCUGGCAUCAUUCCGGCCGCGUACAAGAUCGAAGAUGGGCAAAGUUCGUGGUUAUCGGCCGACCAGGACCAGGAACAGGACCAUGCGCAGGCGCGCCGCGGACGGAACGACGACGUCCAGCAUCAGCAGCUGUCCCGGCAGUAGCCCUUCACCUGCCGCUCACCUACCAGUGUCUGUUUGUCGACAGUGAACAAAAUCGUCAACAGAGAUGGAACAGUCGCGCUCGCUCCUGCAUCGAAAUUGCAAAAAAAAUUCAAAAGUUGCUACGCAAAAUGGGUCCGCUGAUAAGGGAUCAGGGAACUUCGCCGGCGCCUGCUGCUCGUCUGACGGUCUCAUCAUGGUCGUCUGCAUUUUGCCUGCUUCUUUCUUUGAUUUCUUCAUUAAUUUCUUUAUUUAUUAUUUCCCUCUUUUUUCAUUCUUUAAUCUCUAAUUCUUUUUUCUCAUACUUUCUUCUUUUCUUUCUUUCUUUCUUUCUUUUCUUUCUUUCUUUCUUUUCUUUCUUUCCGAUUAAUUUUGUAAUUCUUUCUUUGCUGAAAUUUUCCUUCCUUUCUUUAUUUAUUUUACAUAUUUAUUAUUUUUCUUUCUUUUACCGUUUUCUUCUUUUUCUUUCUUUCUUUUACAUUUUUCUUUGUUUGUUUGUUUCUUUCUUUUACCUAUGUCUUCUUUCGCCUUCUUCUUUGCUUUUAUGGAUUUCUUUCUUUCUUUCUUUCUUUUACAUAUUUCUUCUUUUUCUUCCUUUAUUUCUUUCUUUCUUUCUUUUACAUAUUUCUUCUUUUUCUUUCUUUCUUUCUUUCUUUCUUUCUUUCUUUCUUUUACAUAUUUUUUGUUUGUUUCUUUCUUUCUUUUACCUAUGUCUUAUUUCGCCUUCUUUGCUUUUAUGGAUUCCUUUCUUUCUUUAUUUAUUUAUUUUACAUAUUUAUUAUUUUUCCUUCUUUCUUUCCUUCCUUCUUUCCUUCCAAUUUUUUUCUUUUUUUUUUGUCAACAUCGGAUGUCUUUUGUUUUCUUUCGUUUUUUCUUUUAUUAUAUAUUUAUUUAUUCUUGGUCUAUUUCUCUCUUUCUUUGUUUUUCUUUCUUGCUUUCUUAGCCUCUUUCUUUUUGUUUUUAACUGCAGACAUCGUUUUUUUUUCUUUCAUUCUUGCCUCAACCGCAGACAUCUAUCUAUCUGUCAAUCUAUCUUUCUUUUUCUUUCUUUCUUUUCUUCUUUCUUUCUUUUCUACUUUCUUUCUUUUCUUCUUUCUUUCUUUUCUUCUUUCUUUCUUUUUCUUUCUUUCUUUUUCUUCUUUCUUUCUUUUCUACUUUCUUUGUUUUCUUCUUUCUUUUUUUCUUCUUUCUUUUUUCUUUUCGUCUUUCUUUUUUCUUUUCUUCUUUGUUUUCUUCUUUCUUUGUUUUCUUCUUUCUUUCUUUUCUUCUUUCUUUCUUUUCCUUUCUUUCUUUCGUUUCUUCUUUCUUUCUUUUCUUUUCUUCUUUCUUUCUUUUCUACUUUAUUUUUCUUUCUUUCUUUCUUUCUUUCUUUUCUUCUUUCUUUCUUUUCUUCUUUCAACCUCGCAAUUAGAUAUAUCAAUCACGCAUUUUGGUUGGUGCGAAGCACCUCAUCUAUCUAUCUAUCUAUCUAUCUAUCUAUCUAUCAUAUUCUGUUCAUUAUCUAUCUAUCUAUCUAUCUCAUUCUGUUCACUAUCUAUCUAUCUAUCUAUCUAUCUAUCUAUCUAUCUAUCUAUCUAUCUAUCGCAUUCUGUUCACUGUCUAUCUAUCUAUCUAUCUAUCUAUCUAUCUAUCUAUCUCAUUCUGUUCACUACCUAUCUAUCUAUCUAUCUAUCUAUCUAUCUAUCUAUCUAAUUCUGUUCACUAUCUAUCUAUCUAUCUAUCUAUCUAUCUAUCUAUCUAUCAUAUUCUGUUCAUUAUCUAUCCAUCUAUCUAUCUCAUUCUGUUCACUAUCUAUCUAUCUAUCUAUCUAUCUAUCUAUCUAUCUAUCGCAUUCUGUUCACUGUCUGUCUAUCUAUCUAUCUAUCUAUCUCAUUCUGUUCACUAUCUAUCUAUCUAUCUAUCUAUCUAAUUCUGUUCACUAUCUAUCUAUCUAUCUAUCUAUCUAUCUAUCUAUCUAUCUAUCUAUCAUAUUCUGUUCAUUAUCUAUCCAUCUAUCUAUCUCAUUCUGUUCACUAUCUAUCUAUCUAUCUAUCUAUCUAUCUAUCGCAUUCUGUUCACUGUCUGUCUAUCUAUCUAUCUAUCUAUCUCAUUCUGUUCACUAUCUAUCUAUCUAUCUAUCUAUCUAUCUAUCUAUCUAUCUAUCUAAUCCUGUUCACUAUCUAUCUAUCUAUCUAUCUAUCUAUCUAUCUAUCUAUCUAUCUAUCUAUCUCAUUCUGUACACUAUAUAUCUCUCUCUUUAUCUAUCUAUCUCAGUCUCUUCAUUACCUAUAGUCGAACACCGACAUUUUUUUUUCUCUCACCUCAGAAAAUCUUAA